UCAGUGAUGCUCUGAGUCCUGGAGCUAAGUUGCCGCUGAGCUCGGGGACAUUUUGGAGGUUCUGAUCUUUGGUUGGAGCAUCUCUGGAAAGCCCAAUCCGAAAUCUUGUCUGGAAGCUUUGGAGAAGAGAAUUAAGUUGAGGGCAGCCAUGGGGAGCACGAAGGUCACUUCAUACCUGAUCUUUGCCAUCUCUGUGGCCACCUUAGGCUCCUUCCAGUUUGGCUACAAUACCGGCGUGAUCAAUGCUCCUGAGACUAUCAUCAAGGAGUUUCUGAAUAACACUUUGAUAAAUAGACAAGGAACCAUACCCAGCGAGGUGGUGAUCACGACCCUCUGGUCCUUAUCGGUGGCCAUCUUCUCCAUUGGCGGCAUGAUGGGCUCCUUCUCUGUUGGAGUCUUCGUUAACCGUUUUGGCAGGCGCAAUUCCAUGCUUAUUGUCAACGUUUUUGCUGUCAUUGGUGGCUGCUUCAUGGGGUUCUGCAAACUGGCAAAGUCAUUUGAAAUGCUGAUCAUCGGCCGACUGGUCAUCGGCUUCUUCUGUGGCCUCUGCACUGGUUUUGUCCCAAUGUACAUUGGAGAGAUCUCCCCCACUGCCCAGCGGGGGGCCUUUGGCACCCUCAACCAGUUGGGCAUCGUCAUUGGCAUUCUGGUGGCUCAGAUCUUUGGUCUGCAAUCCAUCAUGGGCUCUGAGACGUUAUGGCCUAUGCUGCUGGCCUUCACCAUCAUUCCAGCCAUCAUCCAAGUCUUAACCCUUCCGUUUUGCCCUGAAAGUCCUCGAUUCUUGCUCAUUAACAAAAACGAGGAAGUGGAGGCAAAGACAAUCCUCCAACGAUUGUGGGGCACUGAAGACGUGGGCGAUGACAUCCAGGAAAUGAAAGAAGAGAGUGUCCGGAUGUCACAAGAGAAGCGAACCACCCUGCUGGAGCUGUUCCGGUCCCCCAACUAUCGGCAGCCCAUCCUGAUCGCCAUCAUGCUUCAGCUCUCCCAGCAGCUCUCAGGCAUCAACGCUGUAUUCUAUUACUCAACAGGAAUCUUCAAAGAUGCAGGUGUCAAGGAACCCAUCUAUGCCACCAUUGGUGCCGGUGUGGUUAACACCAUCUUCACUGUCAUAUCUCUGUUUCUGGUGGAAAGGAUGGGCCGAAGGACUCUGCAUCUGAUAGGCCUCGCAGGAAUGGCUGGCUGCUCCAUCCUGAUGACGAUUUCCUUGUUACUGAAGACUGAAUAUGCCUCGAUGAGCUUCGUCUGCAUUGUGGCGAUCUUGGUCUUUGUGGCCUUUUUUGAAAUCGGCCCAGGCCCCAUUCCCUGGUUUAUUGUGGCAGAGCUCUUUAGCCAGGGACCCCGGCCAGUUGCCAUGGCUGUGGCUGGAUGUUCCAACUGGACUUCUAACUUCCUGGUGGGCCUGCUCUUCCCUUCAGCCGCAUUCUAUAUGGGACCCUACGUGUUUGUUGUCUUCACCGUGUUCCUCUUGUUUUUCUUUAUCUUCACCUACUGGAAAGUCCCCGAGACUCGAGGCAGGACUUUUGAGGAGAUCACCCGAGCCUUUGAAGUAGGGGGGGCGGUAAACACAGAUGUAUCCAUGAAGGUGAUCGACCCCUCUGUGGCCAUGUCCAAGGCUGAUGACGAAUCCUCCAUGGUAGCACAAGGUGUGAAUGAAAGGGUCUAAGCCAGGCUCUCUUCUUCCCACCUCUCUCCCAACACAGAAAAGCACCCUCUCACAAGAAGUGAGGGGGCACCUCAUGAGUAUGGAAUCCAGGACUGUUUACGAAUGCUGCUACUUGAUCUCUUCUCAUCCAGGAUUGCCCAACAUGGGCUCCUGAGGCGCCAUGUUGCAUUGGUUGUCUCUUCAAUGGCUGUCAACAGUUGUCCUUUCUUGGACAUUUCUCUUCCACUGAAGAAAAACAACUUGGUCACUUCUCCCUUGGGCUCUAAUCUUGCCUCCAGGGAGGGCAUUUUGUGGGGGGGAGGAUAUCAUGGUGCCAUCCCCCAACCUCAGAAAGUAGCAGGUGUGCCAUGGAGCAUGGAGGGCAAGAGUUGGGAAUCCCAUGAGCCACCUGCCUCACUUCUGUAUAGCUCAACAGAGCAACUUCACUUGAGUUUUAUUUAUUUUAUCUUCUAGUGUUACUGCAUAAAUAUUUAUUUUUUUAACUGUAAAGGACUUUUACCAAAUAAUUAUUAAAAAUAAUAAAAUAAGGGCAAUUGAGGAUUAGAGGGAGGUGUCUGAAGAGAGGUGAGAGGAAGACAACUGGGAUGAUGGAAGUAAAGCUGAGGAGAGGGAGGUGAGGAAAUUCUCUGAGGUUGGCCUCAGUCCCUCUGAAGGAAACACUUUGGUUUCUCAGAACAGUGAUGUGCCUGUAUAAAGAAGCUACUGAGGUUUUCUUUGGAUUUUUUUUUCCCUUUGCUUGAAAUUAAAUGUAGUUAUUACUUGAAAUCUAGGGUUAUCACGAAGACUAGCAUUAUUAGUUGGUGGUGGCUGCAGGGUUUUCACUAAUGGGAACUGAACAAGGAACAGUUCUUUCUAGAAAUCUCUACCCUAUGUGUAUAAAAACCUUUCCCCUUGUAAUGAAUGGACU